GACUUCCGGUUGCAAGCAUUGAGAAUUUUCAGAUCUAACAUUACAUUGUAGAUCCUGCUUUAUAUGAUGGCAGAGGAGGAGGAAGAAGAAAAUUUGAGUUCAGACAGUGACGACGAAGAUUAUGUUCCAUCUGGUGGGGAUGAAGGCAGUGAAGAAGAAGUUUCAGGUGAAGAAGAAGAUUUAUCACUCUUGAAAGAAGAUGAUAUUGAAAAUGGCAUAAAUAAAAAUACAAAGAAAAGAAAAGGAAAGACAAAGGGUAGGAAUGACAAGGAAAGCUUUUUUGGGAGGAAAAGAAAAGGAGGAAUAAAACUUGAAGAUGAAGACAAGGAUGGCAAAGAGGAUAAUGAGCAACAAGAGUCUAACAUUGCAGAAGAGAUGAAAAAAGAACAAGAAGAUGUCAAAGAACUGAAAGAAAAGCAAAAAGCAGAUGAUCUAUGGGCUAGUUUUUUAAGUGACGUUGGGCAAAAACCCAAGCCAAAACCAGCUUCUGUCCCUUCAGGCCUGGGAUCUCUUUCCUCAGUGACAAGUAUAAAGCCUAAAUCGAUUGAGUCUGCAGCAGAGUUGAAAGCAUCACCUCCUGAAAAUAGUGCAUCCAAAGAGAGUGGCCCUCAGAAAAUCACAGUGACCAAAGUGUUUGACUUUGCUGGAGAGGAAGUCAAGGUCACAAAAGAAAUUGAGGUCAAUUCUAAAGAAGGUAAAAAAGAGUUAGAAAGAAUGGAAAAGGAAAAGAGCACUGAUGUCUCAAAACCAGGAAUGAAGAGACCCAUGGGUUUGGGCAGUGUUCUUGGGAAAAUUGGGAAGAAACCAAAACUAAGUACUUUGACCAAGUCAGCAUUGGAUUGGAAUAAAUUUAAGACAGAAGAAGGGAUAGAAGAGGAGCUGCAGAUCCACAAUAGAGGCAAAUCUGGGUACUUAGAACGGCAAGCAUUCCUACAAAGGACAGAUCUGAGACAGUUUGAACUGGAAAAAGACAUGAGAUUAAAGAAUAGCAAAAGAUUUGCCCCUCCAGAUAAAUGAGCAAUAACAUGGUCACAACAAUGACAUUAACCUGCUCAUGUUACUGCUUUUCAAGUGGAAAAUGAAAGAGAUGCUACACAGUAGGAUCACCUAAGAAUCAAUGAAUUGCAUACUUGUAAAUGAUGAGAGACACCCCUUUACCACCGCCAAAAAGUGAUUUCAUAUUGUCAUUAUAGACCUUUUUCUUUACCAGUUUGGUCAAAGGUUUUGCACCUUUUUUGUCCAGAGCAGAAAUCAUGGUCCAUGAAAGAUAAUUGAUAUGACUGUGUGAGACAAUUUUAAGGUUGAUUUGAGGAACUUAUUUCCCAAAUUUUUGCCCCCGAAUUUUUUGAAGAAGAUUUCUCAGAUACAGAUAAUUAUUUUCCAAUUUUUUCCCGAAUUUAUUAUAGAAGACUUUUCAGAUGCAGAAAUUUUUUUCCAGAUUUU